AUGGGAGUGCCGAACUCUGAAAGAGUCACUCGACCAACUGAGCCAGACGCCCUGGUUCUCGAGGCAUGGGGUCAGGGAAUGAUGGUGGGAGCGCUGGUGGUUAUGGCUGCAGUCACCAUUUCUAACAUGCGGAAACGAGUGCUGCUUCACAAGCUAAUUCUAACCGAGCUUAUCCUGGCCAUAUUCCAUGGGACUUGGAUUUUUGCUCAUCCACCUGUCUAUGGGUGGUAUCUGUCCGUCACUGCAAUCGGUCUGAAUGUCUCGUGGAGUUUGCAUAACGUGAUUGCGUGGAUGAAAAACCGACCAUUCCUGUCGCGCCGUGUCUCGUUGUUCUAUAUCACCACCGUAAUCCUGGUGCAGCCAUACUGGGUGCUGGAGAUCUACGCAAAUUUUACCUAUUUCAACAACAUCAAUCAAAUAUUUCUCAAGACGAGGCCACUAGAACCUCUGUUUCGUGACCCAUGGUGGCUGUUCACUACAUGCUCGCUAUUGUACACUAUUAAAAAGGAGUAUGACUUUGGUCUUAUCGAGCUAAUCCGGGUCAGUCCGCGCUUCGGAAUUGUGCUUUUGUCGAUGUGUCUAUCGUUAGCCUUUAUUCUCGUCGACACAUUGAGCGUGACAGGGGUGUUCUCGUCUAUUCUACCGACAGGUGUUGAGCCAUUCUGGAAGCUAUCUUUUAUCUUCAAAUGUCUUUGCGAUACUGUCAUUCUCGACGACUUCAAAACUGCCCUUGACCGCAUGCACGCCUACUGGCUGCGACGAAUGAACCCCAAUUCAAAUAUAAGCGCGAAUGCCUAUUACUUCUCUUCCAACGAUUACCAUGAUGAUAUUGAUGACCCUCGUUCAGCGUCAACAAUGGAUCCCGAAAUGGGAAGAUUAGGAUUUAAAGGCAUCAAACAAAGGAGAAGAAACACCACAGUCAGUUCCUUUUUCACAACAUGUGACGGACCUUUGUCUAAACAAGAAACUACCCGUCCCACCCACAUGGACGGAUUCGGGCUCCGACCUUGUACGCCCCAAAAGGAAGAAGGGAAACAGGAAAAGUCGGAGUUCAACAGUUCUACUUGA